ACUUUGUAGGCUUCUGUCUCUGGUCUAUUUCCACAUACGCUAGUUUAUUUUUGACCUUGUUGAAUAUGCCGGCUUACGUAGCCAUCCCCAAAGUCACAUCACACUCCCUACAAACCAACCACCUUAAAUUAAACCCCUUUUCUCAUUAUCCUCCUUGCUCAUAUUUGCAGAGACACCCCAUCAUUCCAUUUAUAAUUUUCCUCCUUCCCAAACAACCCAGAGAAUCUCAAGCUCAAAAUCUAGUCUUCCAUACCUCAAUACCUGAAAAGGUUAAAAUCCCAUUUCUUGUUUUUGAAUUCUAAUUCUCCUCCUUCCCAAAACCACCCAAUGAAUCUCAAGCUCAAAAUCUAGUCUUUCAUACCUUAACACCUUCAUAACUUAGAACCCCAUUUCUUGUUUUUGAAUUCUGGUUUGGUGUUAGAUAGAAGAAGAUAGAGUUGGCCCAAUAUGGUUUUGGCUACUCUAUUUUCCUACUUAUUCAUCUUCAUAGCUUUGGCUUUGGUUCUUAGAUUAUUAUCAAAAACUUCUCUGGUUUUGAUUCUGGUUAGGACAUGGCAAUCAUUCAUAGACCAUUUUCACGUGUACCAACUGUACAAAGUUCCACAGUACAAUGACCAUUUCCAAGAAAACCAACUAUAUUGUCAGAUUUCUACGUACCUGAACUCGCUUCCUUCUGUUGAGGACUCUGACUCCACCAACCUCUUCUCCGGUUCCAAAUCAAACGACAUCUUCUUCCACCUUGACGCCACCCAAUCGAUUCGAGAUACGUUCCUCGGCGCCAGAAUUUGCUGGACCAACCAGAAGUCGGAAACUGAUGGAAUCAGGUCGUUCGUCCUGAAAAUCAAGAAAAACGACAAGAAAAGAGUCUUCCGUCAGUAUUUCCAGCACAUUCUCUCAAUUUCCGACGAAAUUGGGCAGAGGAAGAAGGAGGUUAAGCUUCACCUGAAUCUCUCCGGCGAAAACGAACGGUGGAGAUCAAUUCCUUUCACGCACCCGGCCAGUUUCGAAACCGUCGUCCUUGACGCGGACUUAAAGACGAAAAUCAAAUCCGACCUAGAAUUGUUCCUCAAAUCCAAGCAGUACUACCACAGACUAGGUCGCGUUUGGAAACGAAGUUAUUUACUAUAUGGAGCUUCCGGUACCGGAAAAACGAGCUUCAUCGCCGCCAUGGCUAGGUUCCUCUGCUACGACGUGUACGACAUUGACAUGUCCAAAGUUUCCGACGACUCCGACUUGAAGACGCUACUUCUCCAAACGACUCCGAAGUCGCUGAUUGUCGUCGAAGAUCUCGACCGAUUUUUGACCGGGAAACACACCGCCGGCGGAGUAAGCUUAUCGGGACUACUAAACUUCAUGGACGGGAUCAUCUCCUGCUGCGGCGAAGAACGAAUGUUGGUAUUCACCAUGAACAGCAAAGACCACGUCGAUCAAGCGGUGAUGAGACCAGGUCGAAUAGACGUUCACAUCCAUUUUCCUCUCUGCGAUUUCUCAGCCUUCAAAGGUUUAGCAAGUAGUUACCUAGGGUUGAAGGAGCACAAGCUGUUCCCUCAGGUGGAAGAAAUUUUCCAGACCGGAGCGAGUCUCAGCCCGGCGGAGAUCGGUGAGUUGAUGAUCUCGAACCGGACGUCACCGAGCCGGGCUCUGAAAUCGGUCAUUUCGGCUCUGCAAAGCAGCGGACCCGGUUCGACCGGAGCGAGUAAUAAAAUGCUUCCGCCGCAACAUAGGCUGAGCAACAGCGGUUCGGGACGGGCCGGCGACGAGUCGGCUGAACCGGCGUCGGUAUUUAGCCGGGAGAGUAUUCAGGUUAGCGAGUUUAAGAAACUGUAUGGGCUUUUGAGAUUGGGCAGUAGAAGGAAAGAAGAGCCCACAGUCGAUUUGGGCUUGGGCUUGGGCCUGGUUGACAAUAAAGAAGGCUCACGUCACGAAAAGUAGUUUUUUUUUUUUUUUCUUCAUUAAAUAUUUUUUGGUUUUGUAAUUAUUUUUGUUUCACUACUUUUAAUUUUCUUUUACGAUUAUUUUCUUUACAAUGUAGAAAUAAGUUAAUGAAUUAUUACAUGGGGUUAACUUAGCUCCCAGUUGGUCCA